AAAUCACCUCAGAACACUCUUACUCUUCUCUUUGUUCUUCAUUCUUGAUUUUAGUAUAUAUAUUAUCUCAUGAGAAAAAGAAGAAUGACAGUCAUAACAUUUGAUCCAAAUUUUAGCCUUCAAAAAAUCAGCAAAGAAAAGUCUCAACAUAGAGUUUUAGUAGAAGAAAUUGAAGGGCUUAUUAAAGUUUACAAAGAUGGCCAUGUUGAAAGACCUCCAAUAGUCCCAAAUGUCACUACUACAUUACCUCUUGAACUUGGUGUUAUCUCUAGUGAUGUUAUAAUUGAUAGUUUCACAAAUAUUUGGGCACGUUUAUAUGUCCCAAAAUUAUGUCAAGAAAAAUCCCCUUUGUUAAUUUAUUUCCAUGGAGGUGGAUUUUGUGUUGGCUCAGUUUCUUGGAUUUGUUACCAUGAAUUCUUAGCAAAAUUGGCAGCAAAUGCUAAUUGUGUGAUUAUGUCCGUUAAUUAUCGAUUAGCCCCCGAAAAUCGUCUUCCGGCGGCUUAUGAUGACGGUGUUAAGACGAUUAUGUGGCUAAAACAUAAAGUCAUUAGUGGAGCUAAUGAAGAUUAUUGGUGGUUAAGUAAGAUUAAUUUUUCUAGCAUUUUCUUUGGAGGUGAUAGUGCUGGUGGGAACAUAGCCCACAAUGUAGCAAAAAGGGUUUGUUCUAAAAGUCAUGAUUUAAAGCCAUUGACCUUAAAAGGUACAAUUUUAAUUCAACCCUUUUUUGGAGGUGAGUCAAGGACUUAUUCCGAAAAAUAUACGGCGCAGCCGCCGCGGUCGGCGCUCAUAUUAGCGAGCGCCGAUACAUACUGGCGGCUCGCGUUGCCGGCAGGGGCUAACCGGGACCACCCGUGGUGUAAUCCGGCAGCCAAAGAGUGUCAAAAUUUGGUGGAUUUAAGGGAUAUUCCUGGUAUAUUGGUAUGUAUAUCGGAGUUGGAUAUUUUGAAAGACAGAAAUUUGGAGUUUUGUGCUACUUUAAAUAGAGAUGCUGGCAAUUAUAGGAAGGUAGAAUACUUGAUGUUUAAAGGUGUAGGCCAUGCAUUUCAAGUAUUGAACAAGUCUCAGGUUGCACAAACAAGAACUGCAGAGCUGAUUGCACAUAUUAAGGCUUUUAUCAGCAAAUGAUCACAGUUUAAUUCCUCUAUGUGUUCAUAACCAAGGAUUUAAAUUAUACCCCCUCACACUGUAUUAUAAAUUUUAUAUCUGUGAUUAUUUUAGUUUAAUCGGUUAGGUGGUAAUUUUUUUAUGUAUAUUUUUACUGGCUGCAACAUGUACAAGUUAUAAAUCUAUGUUUACUGUUGAAA